AAUAAAGUCGAGGCUGCGGACAAGGCUCAGAGCAAUUUGACUAGGGCCAAAUUAGCGAGAUCUUAGCGCUCGCACGCAAAUCGCAAACCAAAAAAUUAAGAGUCUAACGAAUUCGGUAUUUUGCGAUCUUAUUGAAUUUCCUGCCCACGACUCCGCAGGAAACAGCAAACACACGACAACCACGCCAAACCGUCGACAUCAUGCGUACUUACGAAGAUUCCUUCUCCGGAGCCAAGAUCUACCCUGGAAAGGGCAAGCUCUACGUCCGUGGAGACUCCAAGAUCUUCCGUUUCCAAAACGGUAAAUCCGAAUCUUUGUUCUUGCAACGCAAGAACCCUCGCCGAAUUGCAUGGACCGUCCUCUUCAGAAGACAACACAAGAAGGGUAUCUCCGAGGAAGUCGCCAAGAAGCGUUCCCGCAAGACCGUCAAGUCCCAAAGAGCCAUCGUCGGUGCUUCCCUCGAUGUCAUCAAGGAGCGAAGAAACCAGAGACCAGAAGCCAGAUCCGCUGCUCGUGAGUCCGCCAUCAAGGCCGCUAAGGAGAAGCGUGCCGCAGAGCAAGCCGCCAAGAAGGCCACAAAGGCAAAGACCAAUGUCUCCACCCAAUCGAAAGUCAGCAAGCAAGGUUCCAAGGGUAAGGCACCAAAGCCAAUGAACACCAGCCGUUAAAUGUUUUGUUCAUGGUUGUCGCGGUGCAAUGGAAGGGAAAUUGGGUUGUUGUUAAUGAAAUGAACGAAUAUUCUUCGAAAGUUUCGGGGAGAUUAUUCAAUCAAGCAUGGAUGAGCAAAAUGGGCUUUCUGCGUGAUCUUGAUCAAUAGCAUUUACAAUGACAAGACUGGUACAAACAACGAUGUUCAGGAAGGAUAUCCAACUUAGUGCAAUGCGGUGCGAUAUUUGUGAUGCAUAUGUAUUCGCAUUCUGCCAAGUUUCAGAACUUGGGAGAUUCUUUUACGGACAAAUGGAGUCAUUUGGUUUUCUGGGCCUACGAAAGACCUAGCUUUUUUAUAAUACUACCAAUUCCACCGGAAAUGCAUCGAUCUGAGAGGAUUCUUAAUUGUGGUUUUCUUGUUUCCCUGUUGUUUCUCUUUUCCUCCAACAACCACCAUCCUAACUAUCUUUUUCCUCCAUUGUUGAACACCAGGGGCUUUCGAAUCUUCACGCAAAGCUUGAUUCCAGUCUUUCAUAUGCUCACUACCACAUCAAGACAUUCCCAGUCAACGGUCGCAGAGUUCCCUGGAUAUUGCGUUUCUUUCAAUUAAACUCUCCAUUCAUUCCCAGUUUUGACCAUAGCCUGCUUCAUGAAGUAGGGUAUUUUACAUAGCCUUACCCAAAGAACCUAAUCGCAAUGACGCAUUUUAUCUGAUCUCGCUUACAUUCCUAUUUCCCUGGACUUUGUAUCCCACAUCAUUAGCCCACGUUGCCUUUCACGAAAGAUGUCGUGAAUAGUUGAAUUGAGUUUUCUUUGUUGUGAUUAUGCUGCUCGCUCAGUUGUCCUAGGCCGGGUGUGGGAAGUAAAGGAGCACAUGAAGGUUAUAUUAUGGGAGCAUCGG